GAGCAGGAAGCGGAGAGGGCAGCACUACACCGGUCCUCCGUGCUGAGGGCAACAUGGCGGAGCAGUGGCGGCGCUGCUGGAGGGGGCGCGGGGCAGUUACAGGGGUAAUAGACGCAGUUUGGGGGGUGAACCGGAGACCGGUGACUGCCGGGGAGAGAAGAACCGGGGAGAGAGGAACCGGGGAGAGAGGAACCGGGGCUGGGGGUUUAGUUAAAGAGGUGCUGCUUCCUGUCAGACACACACACAACCCCGUCAGGUCCAGCGCUUUUACACGGUACAGAAGUGGUGUCCUUUACCCCACGGCGGCCCGGACCUGCUCCUGCCGUAGGGUUCACAGCGACGCGAAGCUGAAAGACCCUUUUUCACUGGCGCAGGAGGAUCUGAAAAAUCUGUACGAGGAUAUUAAAAAGCAGCUACUCGUGUCCAAGGCGGAGCUGAAAGCGCUGUGUGAUUAUUACUUUGACGGGAAGGGGAAAGCUCUUCGGCCCAUGAUCGUGGUGUUAAUGGCCCGAGCGUGCAACGUUCACAGCAACAGAGACGGGCAUCUGCUCCCGGCCCAGCGCUCCAUCGCCAUGAUCUCCGAGAUGAUCCACACGGCCAGCUUGGUGCACGAUGAUGUCAUCGACGGUGCGGAUAUGAGGCGAGGAAAAACCACUAUCAAUGAGGUGUGGGGGGAGAGGAAGGCCAUCCUGGCUGGAGAUUUCAUUCUCUCUGCAGCGUCCAUGGCACUGGCACGCAUCGGGAACACCACCGUGGUAUCUGUACUCUCUCAAGUCAUCGAGGAUCUGGUCAGAGGGGAAUUCAUGCAGCUGGGAUCCAAAGAAAACGAGAACGAGCGGUUCAAACACUACCUCGAGAAGACGUUUAAGAAGACGGCGAGUCUGAUCGCGAACAGCUGUAAAGCAGUUUCCAUUCUGGUGAACCCUGACCCCGAGGUGCACGAGAUCGCCUAUCAGUACGGCCGCAACGUGGGCAUCGCCUUCCAGCUGGUGGAUGAUGUGCUGGACUUCACGUCGUGCGCUAAUCAGCUGGGGAAGCCGUCAGCCGCAGACCUCAGGCUGGGAUUGGCCACCGGACCCGUACUGUUCGCAUGCCAACAGUUUCCGGAGCUCCACGCGAUGAUCAUGAGACGUUUCGGUUCAGAUGGAGACGUCGAUCGGGCCUGGAGAUACGUCCUGGAGAGUGAUGGCGUGGAGCAGACGAGCUUCCUCGCCCAGCGUUACUGCCACGAGGCCACGCGUCAGAUCAGCCGUCUGCAGCCGUCCCCCGAGCGAGACGCUCUGAUCCGCCUCACCGAACUCGUCCUUAACCGGGACAAGUGAACCGGGGACCUCCCGAGCGUCACUACAGGCAGCUACACACCUCUACCAUCACCUACACACACUUACAGCAGGGCAUCUGGUCACGUCACACCCCUCCACCCGGACAGUCACAGCACUGCUGUACUGAAUGGUAACGCUGGUAUAUAGGCGGCUGUCUGGGACUGGAACAGACAGCCGCACCUGAAAAGCGCUAAAUGAGAAGAGAUCGGAGUUCCGGAGACGAGCGUUUCACCGCCUCAACGCCGUGCUUAGUGUUUUCAGGUGAAGGAGAUUUUCCGUUUGAGAAAAAUAAUGUUUUACGUUGUCACCGUACUGUAUGUGUCCUCUUCGUCAGAAGCAGGGCAUUAUGGGAUAGGAGGAUGUCGGGAGACUUCACCGACUGAACGCAAAUCUUACAGACGUCUCCAGAAAGUCCGUCCGUCCCACCGUCCAGGCCAAAUCACGACUUUAAUUUAUGAAACUCCGCGUCGUUAACAGACAAGGCCUUAAAUCCACCACGACUCUGUGUGUAUGUGUGAGAGAUAUUAAACACCAUGUUUUUUUUUUUAAGUUAA